GCGGAUGAGUUGUAUUGGGUAUUUGCGACGGCUGAAACCGAUAAUCUGUACCAACCACUUUCAGAAGCUCAGGUGGCGAUGACGCGGGAAGUCAUUGAUAGGUGGACGUCUUUGGCUUGGAGUGGGACUCCAAAUUACGAAGGGGCGCUUGUCGAAUGGCCUUCUUACAUCGGAAGCAACGAGGUUGUAUUGAAUUUCACAGAAGCUGGUGGGAUCACGGAAACUAUCGAGCCGUACAGGGAAGAACAAUGUGACUUCAUGCGGGAUCAGAUUGGGCUAGUGUAUGGACUGCAGUAGAGCCCACGUCAGGUUGAGUGUGGAGCUCAUUGGCUAGGGGUGUUGUAUCUUUUGCGCGUCUUCGGAACGGGGGAACUUUUUCCUUGUUCAAUGGCCGCAUAAUCUGCUGGAAUGUACGUCUGCUGUAUCUAUUUUCAAGGCGUCUUCUAGAUGAGCGCUCGGAAAUAUCAGGUAUCAAUAUCACUUGUGCAUCUA